AUGCCUCCGACAGAUAAGAAGGCCUCGAAAUCAAGCGCUCCAGCCCCAGUGAACGUGAAGCUUCUCUUGAUUGGGAACGCCUCUGUCGGGAAGAGCAGUCUCCUCCUCCGUUUCUCGGAUGAGCAGUGGCUCCCUGAGGAUGAGGCCACCGCAACUAUUGGUGUUGAUUUCCGGGUACACAAGAUGGAGGUGAACGGGCGGAAGGUCAAGCUUAGCAUUUGGGAUACGGCCGGUCAGGAGCGCUUCCGUACGAUAACGUCGUCAUACUACCGUGGAGCGCAAGGCAUCAUCCUUGUGUACGAUGUCUCCAAUCGCGAGACGUUCGAAGCGUUGCCUAGGUGGUUCUCGGAGAUUGAGACGUAUGUCUCACCAACAGUCGUCAGGAUCAUUGUAGGCAACAAGCUCGACAAGGAGAACUCACGCCAAGUCCCGACCUCCGAAGGCGCCGCAUUCGCGGAGCGCCAGGACGCUCUCUUCCUCGAGGCGAGUGCCAAAACCGCGGUCGGCGUGCGCGAGACGUUCGAGGAUGUCGUCCGCCACAUACUCGAUACGCCAGAGCUCUGGGCGCCCGUCGGCUCUUCAUCCGGCCAGAGCGCCAACCAGCGCAACGGCGAUAUGCCCGGGACGAUUGACCUGGACGCGCGUGGCGGCGCAUCGCAGGACGCUGGGUCGGGCGGCUGCGGGUGUUAG